GAUGAAUUAAGCCAUCUUCAAAACAACACUGACCUCAAGGAUUUACAAAAACAAGCCGAUGACGAACGCGUCUUCCAGUUCCUUCUUGGUCUAAAUGAUUAUUUUGCCCAACUCAGAACCCAAAUCCUAGCUAUGGAACCCCUUCCUUCCAUCACAAAAGUUUUCUCUAUUUUAUUUCAGGAAGAGCAGCAGCGCCUUCUGCACAUCCGCCCACUGCCGACGGAAUCCAUGGCCUUCGCAGCAACCAACUCCAGCACUGCCCGAAGCCAUCUUCGCUGCACUGAAUGUGGUAAAACGGGUCACACCCGUGACCGAUGCUGGAGAAUAAUCGGGUACCCAUCUGGCCGUGACCCACGCUCCAAGCCGCGCCCCUCCUUACUCGGCAAACCACCUUCUGGCUUGGCUCUGGUUGCAAAUCAAGCCUCCUUCUCCGCAGAUUCCUCGCCGGUACCGGGAUUGACGCCGGAGCUCUACCAAAAAUUGUUGGACUUGCUCACACCGACACCCCCUUCCUCCAAUUUCGUCGGACCCACAGUCGACGAGGCUGAUUGGAGCGGGUGAUUUUUGCAAUGGGCUUUAUGUGUACCGGCCCAACAAUGUUCUGGCUCUCUCAGUUCAAUCCACUGCUAAUAAAGACUUAUGGCACCAACGCCUAGGUCAUCCUUCCCGCCUUAUUAUUCCUCAAUU